AUGGGUAAUACUACUUCUAAAAAUAAUUAUCAGAAUAAUCAGAAGUAUACUAGUCAGUAUAGUCUUAGUGAUAUAAUUGGUGGAAGUUGUGUUGGAUCAACGCAGUCCACAAAGAAGGAAUCUAAAUCAUGGUCUCGUGCUUCUCACAGAAGUUGGAGCGAAGAUACAUUGUAUGAUCCACUGGGUACUUCAAAAACAUCAUGGCCAGUAUCGCGGUCCCAAACAAUGUUUCUUCCAGAAUUUCAAAUAAGACAAGUACCUUUGCAAGCUUCUUAUACCCUUUUAAAUGUGAUAGCCAAAGGUGCAUAUGGAAAAGUAUACAGGAUCAGAAAACAAGAAAAUGGACAGUUAUUUGCUUUAAAAGUAAUUAGCAAAGCUAAAGUGGUUGCAGAAAAUGGAGUAAUUCAGGCCAAACAGGAGGUUGCUAUACAACAAUUGGUUGGACACCAUCCAUUUAUAUUAAACUGCUGUCACAAGUGGCAAGGAAGGAAAACAUUAUAUAUUUUAACUGAUUAUGUUGGCGGUGGAGAGUUAUUUUCUCUAAUAGAACAGUGUGGCUGUUUACCAGAAAAUGUAGUUAGAAUAUACGUAGCUGAAGUUGCUUUAGCCAUUGACUUUUUACACAAUGCUGGCAUAGUACACAGAGAUAUAAAAGCAACAAACGUUCUUCUGAAUGAAGAGGGUCAUGCUGUAAUCAUCGAUUUUGGUCUUGCAAAGUGGUUAAAUCAUACGGAAAGGACAAAUACACUUUGCGGAACACCCGAGUACAUGGCGCCAGAAAUACUGAAGAGGCAAUACUAUGGACAGGAGGUGGAUUGGUGGUCAUUGGGGGUUCUAGCUUGUUUUAUGCUUACAAAUCAGUACCCGGCUGGCGCGUCCAGCGAACUUCUGCCAGAAGACAGAGGGACGAAUUACGCGGCCCCGGGAACCCUGCCGCCGAACGCGGAACAGAUUUCCGCUGCCUCCAAGGACCUCCUGAAACGACUGCUGCAACCGGAGCCCUGUCUACGGCUCAGAUCUCUGCUGGGCCUGCAGAGGAUCGCCUUCUACAUGGGCUACGAUCUCCAGAGCUACAUGCUGAAGAAGGAAUCGCCGUUUCGACUGCUGAAUCGAACCGUGCAAAGUCAUCAGGGGAGGAUGAACAGGGAGUUCUCCAAUUUCGACUCGUCCUUGGGCGACAGCAUCUCUCGCUCCGAGGAUCGAUGAUAUGUAGUUUAGCCUCUAGCAUUCUCAGCCAUCGCCGGAUCAACGACUGAGAUCAACAGAUCGAACGAUUCCAGAAUAUCCAUUUUAGCUAUGUAUGUCCAGCUCUGUUGCUUGACGAGCAACGUCGCCGAUGCCAUCCAUUAGUUUAAGCGACGAGGAGUCCUCCUCGUGUUUGCGCAAGGUUUAAAAUUAGUUUCAACGACCAGUUAGAUUUUUCUAUUU